AUGGACCCGAAUCAGUUUAAAAUGUUCAUGGAGCAUCAAGCUCAAAUGUUCAAUGCUCUAGUGCAAACAUUGAACACCCCAAGAGGAAACAGUGCAGCAUCAUCAGCGCAGCAGCCAUGCGCUUCCGGAGUUCCUGUUCCGUUACCUUCUCCUUUAGGACUAGAGGGAGACAUGGCCGAGAAUUUCGACUUCUUCGAGAAGAGCUGGCUGGAGUACGCAAGCGCUAUUGGCAUGGAUCAAUGGCCAGCUUCCGACAAUUCUAAAAAGGUCAGUUUCCUAUUGUCCGUCAUCGGUGAGCCGGCUCGCAAAAAGUUUUUUAACUUUGAGCUCACUCCGCAACAAAAAGUGGAUCCAGGAGCGGCCUUGCAAGCAAUCAAGGCAAUCGUUGUUCCCAAAAGAAACGUGAAUGUGGACCGCCUGGAUUUUUUCGGCGCCUCACAAAUGCCAGCGGAAUCAACGGACGACUUUUGCUCUCGGUUGAAGAUGCUAGCCAGACUCGCUAAACUAGGUACUUUGGCUACGGAACUGACGACUUUCAAGCUGGUCACAUCCAACAAGUGGCCACACAUGCGUACGAAGCUGUUGACUAUGCCGGACGUCACGUUGGAUAAGGCCGUCGACCUGUGCAGGGCCGAAGAGAUCGCUUCGGCAAGGGCAGCUGAACUCGGCGUGGCAGUGAAGCAAAUGGAAGUGAACAAAAUUCGGAAAGCAAAGGGAGAUUCCAAAGCCAGUUCGUCAAGGUGCAAGUUUUGUGGCGAUCGUCAUGAAUUUGUGAAAGGCGUAUGCCCUGCUUUCGGAAAGCGAUGCCAUCGGUGUCACGGAAAGAACCAUUUCGAAAAAGUGUGCAAGGCCAGUGCUAAAUUCAAGAGUCGAAAGUCCAAACAAGUGAAAGAAAUAAGAGAAGAAAGUGACUCGGAGGUACCGGAAUCCGAUUCCGACAGUGAACCGUCGUCGCAAAGUGAUGUGGAAUAUGAAAUCGGAAAGGUCUAUGACAAUUCUGGUAGUGGAGGCAGUGUAUUGGCAGAACUGGACUUGAAGUUUGCUGAACAGUGGGAAUCAGUGCUAUGUGAACUAGAUACCGGAGCCAACACAAGCCUCAUCGGUCACGACUAUCUAGUUAAACUUUCCGGUGAUAACCAUCCGUCAUUACAAUCGUCGAAACUUCGCCUUCAAAGCUUUGGUGGCAAGCCUAUCAACGUGCUUGGUCAAGUGAAGGUUCCUUGUCGCCGUCUCGAUCGAAAGUAUCGCCUGGUACUACAGGUGGUUGAAGGAGAUCAUCGUCCGCUGCUAUCUGCAAAGGCCUCCCGCGAGCUCGGAUUUGUCAAGUUUUGCCGGGCUGUGUCGUUCGUCGAACCAUCAGCGAAGUCUCCAGAUAAGCUGUUCAACAUCUACAGGAUCAAGGCCCAGGAAAUAAUCGAUGAACAUCAGGAGCUUUUCACAGGAUACGGAAUGCUUCCUGGUGUAGUAUCUCUGGAAGUGGAUACAUCGAUUCAUCCGUCAAUCCAGCCUCCGCGUCGGGUUCCCAUUGCGAUACGAGAGAAGUUGAAACGAGAACUGGAAUCCCUUGAGCGCGACGGUAUCAUCGUCAAGGAGACCCGCCAUACAGACUGGGUAAGUAACCUAGUUAUUGUACAACGAGGUGGGCCAGAAUCCGGGGUUCGCAUUUGCCUUGACCCAGUGCCGUUGAACAAAGCUUUAAAGCGGCCCAACCUGCAGUUUGUCACUCUUGACGAGAUCCUUCCUGAGUUGGGCAAAGCGAAGGUGUUCUCUUCUGUCGAUGCUAGAAAGGGAUUCUGGCAUGUGGUCCUCGACGAGCCCAGCAGUAAGCUGACUACUUUUUGGACCCCUUUUGGACGGUAUCGGUGGACUCGCCUUCCUUUCGGCAUUGCCCCGGCCCCUGAAAUAUUUCAGAUAAAGCUGCAGGAAGUUAUCCAAGGGCUCAAAGGAGUCGAGUGCAUCGCCGAUGAUCUGCUGAUUUUCGGUGUGGGAGAUACCCUUGAGGAAGCGCUGGCCAACCACAACGAAUGCUUGGAACAUCUUCUCAUCCGGCUGGAGCAGCACAAUGUAAAGCUUAACAGGUCGAAACUGAAGUUAUGCGAACGCUCCGUCAAGUUCUAUGGGCAUGUGCUUACAGACGAAGGACUAAAACCGGAUGAAGAUAAGGUGGUUGCAAUUCGAAAUUACCCAACUCCGGUCAAUCGCAAAGAGGUCCAUCGAUUUAUUGGCAUGGUGAAUUAUCUGAGCCGGUUUAUCCGAAAUCUGAGCACGAAUAUGGACAACCUUCGUAGGCUUAUUUCGGAGUUCGUCACUUGGCAGUGGACAUCGGUAGAGCAAGCUGAAUUCGAUAAAGUAAAAUCGUUGGUGGCUGAUAUUAACACUCUGCGGUAUUACGACGUUACACAUCCGGUGGUCAUUGAAUGCGAUGCCAGUAGUACCGGUCUCGGAGUGGCGAUUUUUCAACGAGAUGGAGUCAUCGGCUAUGCUUCAAGGACGCUUACACCCACGGAGAGGAAUUACGCACAAAUUGAGAAAGAGCUUUUGGCCAUUCUCUUCGCCUGUGUACGCUUCGACCAGCUGAUUGUCGGGAAUCCUAAAGCAACGAUCAGGACGGAUCACAAGCCGUUAAUUGCCAUCUUCAAAAAGCCGCUUCUGUCAGCUCCUCGUCGUUUGCAGCACAUGCUGCUGAAUCUUCAGCGGUAUAAUCUUUCGGUGGAGUUCGUAACCGGUAAGGACAAUGUAGUGGCCGAUGCCCUAUCGCGGGCGUGCCUUCCUGCAGUCGAAUCUGAAGAAUACAGAAAACAGAACAUUUAUAAAGUGCUAGAAGAGGUAGAAGAAGUGAAAUUGGGUGCAUUUUUGCGAAUUUCGGACAGUAAAACAAGUGAAAUUAUUGAACAGACUGAAAAGGACCCCUCAAUGCAAUUGCUGAUGAACUACAUUCAGCAUGGUUGGCCAGAGUCUGCUGAUCGUAUCCCCGACAGUGCUAAAAUUUAUUUUAACUAUCGUCAUGAACUUUCGUGUCAAGAUGGUUUGAUUUUUCGCAACGAUCGCAUACUCGUCCCACAUGUACUUCGAAGAAGCUUGGUGGAAAGCUGUCAUGCAAGCCACAACGGGGUGGAGGCUACAUUGAAGCUUGCUCGAGCCAAUCUUUUUUGGCCCGGGAUGAACACUCAAAUUAAAGAUGUCGUCAAACAAUGUGGCACUUGUGCAAAGUUCGCUCCGUCUCAGGCAAACCCACCAAUGCGAAGCCACGAAAUUCCGAUAUAUCCGUUCCAGCUUGCAUCAAUGGAUGUUUUCUUCGCGGAGUACCGAGGAACCAAACGGAGUUUUUUGAUUACUGUGGAUCACUACUCCGAUUUUUUCGAACUGGACAUCCUGAAGGAUCUCACUCCUGAAUCCGUCAUCAUCGCCUGCAAAGAAAAUUUUGCACGCCAUGGUAUCCCGCAACGCGUUGUUUGCGAUAACGGUACCAAUUUCGCCAACCAGAAGAUGAUGAAGUUUGCUUCCGAAUGGGACUUCGAGCUGGUGACGUCCGCGCCGUAUCAUCAGCAAGCAAACGGUAAAGCCGAGGCCGCUGUCAAAGUGGCCAAACACUUGCUGAAGAAGGCAAACGAAAGUGGAUCGGAUUAUUGGUACGCGUUGUUACAUUGGCGCAAUAUUCCGAACAAGAUUGGCUCCAGCCCAGUCGCUCGACUUUUCUCCCGUUCCACUCGAUGCGGUGUGCCAGCAGCAGUUGAUCGUCUUCGUCCUGUGGUGGUGGAAAAUGUCCCAACUGCAAUAGAGGCGAAUCGUAAGAGAGCCAAAUUCUACUACGACAAGAAAGCAAAACAGUUACCUGAAUUACAAGUAGGAUCGCCCGUCCAUGUCCAGUUGAGACCCGACACCUCUAAGCUGUGGGCACCAGGAACCGUGUCUAGCUGCCUCAACGACCGGUCAUUCGUAGUGAAUGUAGAUGGGGUGGACUACCGUCGUUCGUUGGUUCACCUGAAGCCACGUAAGGUACCCGAAACGCAGCCUGUCCGCUCAGCACCUGCUGCUCCGAUCCGAAACGAGAUUAUCGAGUCCAGUCCCGCGGCGGUUGUUCCAAACGGAAUCUCGUCAACUUGUGUUCCCUUUGACUGUCAGGAGCGCAACACAAACAACAACACGAACGAGUCGACGCCAACUUUGUUUACGCAAGCAGCGGGUACACCAGUUACACCGUCUACUGAAAAAUCGAAUCGGUCUCGGCCCGUUACACCGGCGCAUACUGGCCGACCGAAAAGAAACAUUCGUGUUCCAGCAAAACUGAAUGAUUAUCAAUUGGAUUUUUGA